AUGGACCAAGCAGCCAAAGGUGAUGCGGCGCUCAACGCGAACAAAUAUGACGAAGCUAUUGAGCAUUAUACGAAAGCCCUCUCUUCGAACGCGACAGCCGUGAAGUACUACAUCAAUCGCUCUACAGCUUAUCAACGAUCUACCAAAUAUACCGAGGCUCUCAACGACGCUGAGACGGCCGUUGUUCUCGCGCACAAGCGUGCUGUUCGCGAACUUAUCAAGGACUCACAGUUCAGACGCGCUGUGGCACUCUACCAUCUUGGCCAAUACGCAGAUGCUCAGUUUGUCCUGGAUAUAGUGAAGGAACUCGACGAAAAAGACAAGAUGCUUCCAAUUUGGAGCACAAAGCUGGCAGCGAAGCUUAAGGACUUGUCUCCAGAAGACCUUGCAGCCAAGGUCACAGUCAAGAAGGUGCCGGAAGUAGAGAUACCCAGCGCUACCCAAGCCUCCAAGCCAGCACCAUCGACGAAUACGACAAAGACGGAAGCACCAGCGGAUACGCCCAAACCCGUCGUGCCUACACCAAUCAACAAGAUCAAGUAUGACUGGUACCAGAACAACGAGAGUGUGACUAUCAACAUUCUUGCCAAAGGUGUACCCAAAGAGUCAACCACGGUUGAGAUGGAAAAAGACUCCCUAUUCGUCUCCUUCCCCGUCAGCGGCUCCUCGUCAGACUACAGCUAUACCGCCGACCCCCUCUAUGCCUCCAUCGACCCCACACAAUCAACCUACCGCGUCACGCCCAACAAAGUCGAAAUCACCCUGCGCAAAGCAAGCCCCAGCACAAAAUGGCGCACCCUAGAAUCCGACCGCGAAAUCGUCCCAGACGAAACGAGCAAUCAAUCCCCACUACAGUCACACAUACUCUCCGACAAAACCAACCAGUCAUCCUCUGCCCCCGCAUACCCUACAUCCUCCAAGUCGGGCCCCAAGAACUGGGAUACAGUGGUGCAAGCAGAUCUCGACGACAAAGACGAGAUUGAGGGUGAUGAGACGUCUGCCUUCUUCAAGAAGUUGUAUGCGGGGGCCUCGGAGGAACAGCAGAGGGCUAUGAUGAAGAGUUAUUCAGAGAGUGGCGGCACAGUGCUGAGUACGGAUUGGAAUGAUGUGGGGAAAAAGACGGUGGUGCCGGAGCCGCCCGAGGGUAUGGAGGCGAAGAAGUACUAG